AUGAUGCAGCUGAAGACCGGAGAUGCAGCGUAUUACCACAGUGCAGAAUACUGCAGAAAUUACACUUCGCCGCCUGUCAGCUACGGUGACAGCAGCCAUUAUCUUGCCCGAUUGCCAGGCCCAGAGAACAUGUUGAAGCCUCCUCUGAGUCUCUUCAGCCAUCCCCAGCAGCCUUUCCAACACAUCGACUCGCUCCACCAGCUAGGACCUCCGCCAAUGGCACCUACGCAGCCUCUCGGCCCUCCACCCAUCGCUCCUGCUCAGGCAAUUGGUCCCCCAACUAUGGCUCCAACCCAGACUCUAGGGCCCCCUCCCAUAACUGCUACUCACACCUUAAGGCCUCCCCCCAUUACCCCCCCACACAACUUAGGCCCCCCUCCAAUGACUCCAGCUCAGCCCCUGGGGCCUCCACCAAUGCCACAUACUUUAGGGCCCCCACCUGUAGAUCACACACAAGCAAUAGUGCCUCCUACCAUGGAUCUCACACAACCACUUGGCCCUCCACCUCUGAACCCUGCACAAGCACUGGUGCCCCCACCUGUAGUGGCGCCUGGAGCUGGUCGAUUCCCCCUCCCUCCCAGCCCCCUGUCGUCCCCUCCUGCUCCAGGCCCAGACCUUUCACAGCUUCCUCCACGGCCCCCAGGACCAGCCCUCAUCCCAGCCCCGAUGUCCAGCCUCAUCCCUGGCCAUCUUCCAGGUCAGGCAGCCCCAGCCAGCGAGCAACCCCAGGAUGAGGGCUCUCCUCUGGGCAUGGAGGAGCAGGAGGACUCUCUGGGGCUGGAGGAACUGUGCAAACCACUGUAUUGUAAACUCUGCAAUGUUACCCUUAACUCUGCUCAGCAGGCACAGGCGCACUACCAGGGGAAGAACCACAGUAAAAAGCUGAGAAAUUUCUAUGCUGGCAGUCAACAGCCACCAGCCAUUAGGAUCCCUGAAGUCCUUGAUGUGGCUGGACAGACAGCCCUCAGCUCAGGAUCCAACGACAGCGACACAGGCAGGCAGGCGCUGUAUAAGGGGGCGACCCGGGUCAUCUUGGCCACUGAGAAUGAUUAUUGUAAGCUGUGUGAUGCUUCCUUCAGUUCACCGGCCGUUGCACAGGCCCACUACCAGGGCAAGAACCACGCCAAGAAACUACGGCUCGCCGAGGCCCAACAGAACGCCAACAACACGGAAGGCAGCAAUGAGACAGUCCCAAGAAGAAACAGGAAAGACAGCAGUGAGUACAGACUGGUGAAAAACCGCCGCAGCCCACAGCUACCUGCUUCCAUGUCAGGGCCGUACUACAACCCCAGACCAAGGCAGCGCAUCCCCAGGGACCUAGCCAUGUGUGUGACUCCCAGCGGACAGUUCUACUGCUCCAUGUGCAACUGUGGUGCAGAGCAGGAGACGGACUUCAGGCAGCAUCUGGAGAGCAAGCAGCACAAAGCAAAAGUUUCGGAGUUAAGAUACCGCCACGAGAUGGAGAACCUUGGCUACAGCUAAGAAAUAUGUGAGGAGAGGGGGCGGUAAAAGAAAAUAUAGAGAAUAAAGGGGGACAGAAUAGGUGGGGAGAUGGUACAAGACCAAAGUGCUGGAAAGCAAAUACUGCCCCGUGUUUGAAGAGCAGACUUAGGGAAGGGAUUAGCCAAAAUGGCCUCAAGAUGUUGUUGCAGUUCAUUUGAUAUAUGGAUCAAACAUGUGACCUUAUGAUCAAUUAUAUGAAGCUAUAAUUGGAUU